UCUGAAUUAGUCAGAAAUAAAGUAGUAUUUAAGUACUGCAUAAAUCUUGAACUCUUCAUCACUGUUGACGUUGGGAGUCAUACUCAUUGUUUGCAUAAGUGCCCAUUUCAUCUUUAGCAGUAUUUCCGGUCUCCUGAGUUGAACAAAAAAUAGGAUUCGUAUACAUCCAUUACAGUGGCCUUUUCCUUUUUGCACGUGAAUAUGGCUACACUGUAGGAUGGAAUAUUUAUAAUUGUGAAAAUGGCGCCCAUAAGAACUGGCAACUUCCUUUUCAAUAAUGAAAGCUGAUGAGCUUGUAUUGUCUGAUGUUCAUCUUUAUUCUGAUAACCGACCACAAGACAAACUUGUAUCAAUAGUGGCAUGUGUUACAGCAAGUGAUGAAGUCAAGAGUCAGCUGAAAGUGGUACAGUCACACUUUGUCUUUAAACUCCCAGGGAUGCAGCAGUACAAUGAUAAUGCACUGGAACGGAAAGAGCUAUCAUAUGAUGAUGAUGGUGACUUACUUGUUAAAAGAGAAGAGUCAGAUGAAAAGGAAGUAAUGUUAUUAAAUCACUUUCUGUGCACACCAUUAGAUCUUGUGGGAUUGCAGGUUUGGAGUGGAGCAUUAUUAUUAAGUGACUAUCUUCUAUGUUAUGGCCACAAGAUAUUAAAUGAGCAUCAUGUACUGGAGCUAGGUGCUGGAUCUGGCCUAUGCAGCAUUAUAGCAGGGAUGUUCAGUUCUUGUGUAUUUUGUACAGAUUUUGUAGAUAAUGUUUUGGAGUUCAGUCAAAAUAAUGUUGAGAUGAACAAGCAUCUGCUGGGUUACUUUCAAAGGUCGAACAGCAUCUGUGAAAAAUCUUGUCCUGUUAUAGUAAAGCGGUUUGACUGGACUAAACAUGAAUGUGAGAUUAAUUUAGAGGACCCAUGGGGUUGGACCAUGCAGGAAAAGGAUGACUUGAAAAAGGUCAAUGUAAUUCUGGCAGCUGAUGUGAUUUAUGAUGACAAUCUGACUGAUGCAUUUUUUGAAACUGUCAUAAGGCUUAUGCUUCAGCCUCCAUCUAAAGUUUUGUAUAUUUCCCUAGAAAAAAGAAUCAACUUCAGCCUUGAUGUCAUGGAUGUAGCCUGCCCAGCUUACACUCAUUUUUACCAGUAUUUGCAGAACUUGCCACUCCAUAGUGGUCACCAGGAUUGGGAUGUUCAACAGGUUCCUACAUUUUUUCCUCAGCUAUUUCACUACAAACGGACUCCCCAACUGGAGCUCUGGAGGGUUGAAGCAUUGCUUUCAAAAUGAAGGAAUUCUCAGUAGUAGAGGACACUUAACUGAUCUGUGUAAACUAAAACCAAGUCAGUGAUAGUUCAGCUUCCACAUGUACCAAUAUAUUGUAUUUCUCCUCAGAAGUGCAACUUUAUGAGCAAAUGCAGAUUUGUAUUAACUAUGAAACUUUCAACAAAACUGAAGCCUAAUGAAAAGUUUGAUUUGCUAACACAUGGCAGGUUUAGUAUCUUGUUUCUGAACAAAAUCUAAAAAAGAGCAAAUGUAGAUCUUUCCAGCAGCAUGCUUCCAAACAGAAGUGAAGCUAGGAGAUUUAUGGUUUUGUUAAUAUAGUGAAUUCCAGAAGUAAACUGUUUUCCAAACAGGAGAAAUCAAGAGUGAAUUUAGGUUUCAUUAAUAAAUUAUAAUAAAUCAACAAUAUUUCCAAACAGAAGUGAAACCAAGAGUCUGUGUGAUGGACAUUUUGUUAAUAUAAUGAGUUACUUUAAAUCACCAGUAUGUUUCCAAACAUAAGUAAAAGCAGAUGCAGAUUUAUUUAUAACAUGGUGUCCAGACUUAAGAUGCCAACCCAAUGAAAUACGACUCUCUUUAGUUAUGUCUUAGAUGUGGAUUUCCAUCAGGAUUGCAGUAUUCAAUGACCAGACAUUAUCUAACAAUAUCAGCUUCUUAUAUGCAAUGAUGUAUAUUGAGUGAAACAUGUUUCAAGCACCAUAUAACAAUAAUUGUUAUAAAACAAUGCUUCAUGCUUUAAGAGUAUAUAAAUAUAAGAGUUGUGACUUCUGAGCAACUUUCUUUUAUCAGAUCAACAAGUUUUGAACAUCACUUUGAAAUGAAAGAAAAUCUGCAUGUUAAGAACAAAACAGAUCUGUUAGCUGACUUUUCUAAGAUACUAAAGUUUCUCACUGUUUCUUCACUUUGAAAUUGGUUUGUCGUUUUCAUCAGAACUUAAUUUUGUUUCAAUACUAGUGUCAAUAUAGAAACAAUACUUUAGAAUUGAUUGUUUGUUUGUUAUGAAUUUUGCGCAAAGCUACAUGAGGGCUAUCUGCACUAGCCAUCCCUAAUUUAGCAGUAUUCGACUAGAGGGGAGGCAGCUAGUCAUCCCCAACUCUUGGGCUACUCUUUAACCAACGAAUAGUAGGAUUGACCGUCACAUUAUAAUGCCCCCACGGCUGAAAGGGCGAGCAUGUUUGGUUUGACGGAGAAUUGAACCCGCAAACCACAGAUUGCGAGUCGAGCGCCCUAACCACACCGGGCCUCUCUACAAUUGAAUCAGCCUGUGUAUAAUGACCUAACUAUUCUUCACAGUUAUACCACAUAAACAAAAUGUACUGAGAAUUUACUAGGAGAAAUCUUUAGAAUAAAUCAUUUGUAACAACACACUAAUUAUAUCAAGUAAGUUUAGGAGUGAUUCUUAUCUGCUGAACUGUAUAAGAAAUUGUUAAUGCAACAAAAGAUAAGAUAUGAUGAACAUUUUACUGUAGAUACAUGUAUAUCUUGUGGUGACAUGCAAGUGUAAGCUACUGUGAGAAACAGUAAGCCACUUUAUUAAGAAAUGAUUUUAAUAACUGUAUGCAAAAUAAUGUAUUUUGAUAGAAAAAAAAUAUUCAUCACAGUCAGCCAUAUAUUCUCAAGCACAAACUGUAAUCUAAAACUGAAUAAAAAUAUAUUAUCAAGUGUUUAAAAUAAAGUAGAAAAAACUAA